AUGAUGAACGUCCACACCCACUCUCCGCAAAAGGAGCAACACCACCACCAACAACUUCCACAGUUUGUCAGUGUCCAAUACGGACAACCACAGGCACUUCUCAAUGACAACAAGCAGUAUCAUGCCGACAGUGUUCAAUUGGACGCGGCUGAUUCUCUCUUGUUGGGUUUGGAGAAAUCCAUGUCUGUGAGACAACCUCCGAUGACCAAUGCCCACUGGUCACCGGAAGCUGUAGGCUCAACCUUUAAUCUUCAAGGUUACAACCAUGGAAAUGGUGUAGCCGGUGAUAUUUUUGAGCCGUACCCACUCACUCAACCAAGCUCAAAAGAGAGACGGUCUGCGGAUCUCAAGAUGUUUCUGGAUUACGUGAUGCGUCCUUCCGCACAACCAGCUGUAUUCGAGUCUGCAACGACUACUCCAGCUGCAAUUGAACCAAUUGAACCAAUUGAAUCAAUCGAGCCUCAUCCAUUCAAUGACAAGAAGAGAUUCUUGCACCAAGAACCUGUUCCUUCCAUCAACACAUCAGAACCACCUUCCAAGAGAAGUCGGAUAUGUAAUGUCUCUGACGAUGAGAGCGUCUGUGGAGAAGAUUCCCUUCCCAAAUUCCGGGAUUACCAAGAACAGCAAUGGCAAGAACAAUUUCAAGGUCUCCUUGAAUUCAAAGCCAACCAUGGUCACUGCUGUGUUCCCAACACAUACGAACCAAAUCCAACACUUGGACGAUGGGUCAAACGUCAAAGAUAUCAAUACAAGCUAAGAGAGUCUGGGCUCCAAUCCACCUUGGUUGCAUCUCGUGUCCAAGCUCUUGAAGAUGUCGGCUUUGUCUGGGAUUCUCAUGCAGCCCUCUGGGAAGAGAGACUGAACGAGCUCAAGCAAUAUAGACUUGCCAAUGGACACUGCAACGUCCCAUCCAGCUACCCAAAGAACAAGCAAUUGUCUACUUGGGUCAAGUGCCAAAGACGGCAAUUCAGACUCACUGGAAAGGGAAAGAACUCGAACUUGACCGAAGAACGCAUUGCCGCUUUGGACGAACUUGGCUUCGUCUGGGAUGGCCGCACCAUUGGAAACAGGUGUAAGGGUGUUGUUGAGAAGACUAGCAGCUCUCAAAACAAUCCUUCAAGAUCGACCAUUGCGGUCUAA